AUGCCACGUGAUCCAAAGGGUCCAAAGGGCCCAAAGGACCAAACAUCCAAGAAAUCGAAGUCGGAAGAGCAAGCAGAGAUGGCGGUGCUGCGAGCUCAGCUGGAGUUGGCCAGGGCUGAACGCGCCAGAGCAGAUGAGAAGAUCCGACGUUUGGAACGGCAGCUCCUUGGAGAGGCGGGCGCUUCCAAGUCAUCCAAGUCAUCCAAGUCGCCAGAAUCCCCGGCUGAAACAUCAGAUUCUUCAUGCGGAGCUGAAGCAUCAGAUGCCAGUCAUAGCCAGGCGGAAUCUGAUGAAACGCCCAAGUCACCCAGCAAGUCACCCAGAAAUGCUGGAGUUGAUUGGGGAGAGAUGUUUCUGGACAUGUUGAUGGAAGGAAUCGGAGAUGGUUUUCCUGGAUCGAUUCGCCAGUCAGCACAGGAAGCCUUGCGUGAUGGGCCACAGCAACGACAUGACAAUCAUUGGACAGGUUCGACAGGUUGCAACUGGAUUGGUGGCAUCCGACUUGCGUGGACAUCGCCGCCAACUGUGCAAGAAGUCCAACGGCAUGUUCAAGAACAUUUCCCAAGGCCAAUUCAACCUGGUGACUCUUUGAGUAAAGUUGAUGGCAAAUCUGUGAAGGGUUUAAGCCGGCAAGACAUCCUAGGCCUUUUGCGGAAGUUUAAGGGAAGCAUUGGCUUCAAGAGAGGAAGCCAUGACAUGGUGAUCAGGGAAUCAGCGAAGCAUGCAUUAAAGAAAGGUCCAGAGAAGGAUGCCGAGCACAGCGAGGGGCAAAAUUGGAUUUGGGGGUUCCUCUUUGCUUGGACAUCUCCACCCGUGGUGCGUGAGGUGCAACCAGAGGUUCAACAGCAUUUCCCGAACCCAGUCAAUCCAGGUGAUGUCUUGCAUCAGGUUGACAACAAGCUUGUUGGCAAGCUGAGUCGCGAAGAAAUCUUGAAGCUUCUCGUUAAGUACAAGGGCAGCAUUGGCUUCCAAAGUCGUCAUGGUGACGAUUACCGAAAGUCGGCACAGGAUGCUUUGGAACACGGACCCCAAGAAGAUGCAGAAUCUGGCAAAGGCUGUGAUUGGAUCGGUGGCAUCUUGCUAGCAUGGACGUCUCCUCCGGUGGUUCGUGAUGUGAAACCAGAGGUGCAGAAGCGCUUCCCACGGCCAAUCUCCCCUGGUGAUAUCUUAUGCCGGAUUGAUGGCAAGCAUGUCAGAGGCCUGAACCGAGAGCAAAUUCUGCGUCUUUUGCAGGACUUUAAGGGCAGCAUUGGCUUCAGAAAUGGCAGCGACAUGGACGAGGAUGUGCGCAAGUCAGCCCAAGAUGCCUUGCAACAUGGACCCCAAGAAGAUGCAGAAUCUGGCAAAGGCUGUGAUUGGAUCGGUGGCAUCUUGCUAGCAUGGACGUCUCCUCCGGUGGUUCGUGAUGUGAAACCAGAGGUGCAGAAGCACUUCCCACGGCCAAUCUCCCCUGGUGAUGUGCUGAACUCUGUGGAUGGAGAGCAGGUUGGCCACAAGUCUAGGGACGAAAUCCUUCGAGCUUUUGUCCACUUCGACGGUCAGCUGGGCUUUCGCUCGAAGCAUGCCACUGGUCUCGCGGAUCUUCUCCGUCGCUUGGGGGAUUUGCAGUUUGAUGUUGUGAACAUCUUGAAUUACGAACCUCUGGAUGCUGGCCCGUUCAAUCACUCGAACCUGUUGUGUUUUUGGCGCCUCAUGCCACGUGAUCCAAAGGGUCCAAAGGGCCCAAAGGACCAAACAUCCAAGAAAUCGAAGUCGGAAGAGCAAGCAGAGAUGGCGGUGCUGCGAGCUCAGCUGGAGUUGGCCAGGGCUGAACGCGCCAGAGCAGAUGAGAAGAUCCGACGUUUGGAACGGCAGCUCCUUGGAGAGGCGGGCGCUUCCAAGUCAUCCAAGUCAUCCAAGUCGCCAGAAUCCCCGGCUGAAACAUCAGAUUCUUCAUGCGGAGCUGAAGCAUCAGAUGCCAGUCAUAGCCAGGCGGAAUCUGAUGAAACGCCCAAGUCACCCAGCAAGUCACCCAGAAAUGCUGGAGUUGAUUGGGGAGAGAUGUUUCUGGACAUGUUGAUGGAAGGAAUCGGAGAUGGUUUUCCUGGAUCGAUUCGCCAGUCAGCACAGGAAGCCUUGCGUGAUGGGCCACAGCAACGACAUGACAAUCAUUGGACAGGUUCGACAGGUUGCAACUGGAUUGGUGGCAUCCGACUUGCGUGGACAUCGCCGCCAACUGUGCAAGAAGUCCAACGGCAUGUUCAAGAACAUUUCCCAAGGCCAAUUCAACCUGGUGACUCUUUGAGUAAAGUUGAUGGCAAAUCUGUGAAGGGUUUAAGCCGGCAAGACAUCCUAGGCCUUUUGCGGAAGUUCAAGGGAAACAUUGGCUUCAAGAGAGGAAGCCAUGAUAUGGCGAUCAGGGAAUCAGCCAAGCAUGCAUUAAAGAAAGGUCCAGAGAAGGAUGCCGAGCACAGCGAGGGGCAAAAUUGGAUUUGGGGGUUCCUCUUUGCUUGGACAUCUCCACCCGUGGUGCGUGAGGUGCAACCAGAGGUUCAACAGCAUUUCCCGAACCCAGUCAAUCCAGGUGAUGUCUUGCAUCAGGUUGACAACAAGCUUGUUGGCAAGCUGAGUCGCGAAGAAAUCUUGAAGCUUCUCGUUAAGUACAAGGGCAGCAUUGGCUUCCAAAGUCGUCAUGGUGACGAUUACCGAAAGUCGGCACAGGAUGCUUUGCAACACGGACCCCAAGAAGAUGCAGAAUCUGGCAAAGGCUGUGAUUGGAUCGGCGGCAUCUUGCUGGCAUGGACGUCUCCUCCAGUGGUUCGUGAUGUGAAACCAGAGGUGCAGAAGCACUUCCCACGGCCAAUCUCCCCUGGUGAUAUCUUACGCCAGAUUGAUGGCAAGCAUGUCAGAGGCCUGAACCGAGAGCAAAUUCUGCGUCUUUUGCAGGACUUUAAGGGCAGCAUUGGCUUCAGAAAUGGCAGCGACAUGGACGAGGAUGUGCGCAAGUCAGCCCAAGAUGCCUUGCAACAUGGACCCCAAGAAGAUGCAGAAUCUGACAAAGGCUGUGAUUGGAUCGGCGGCAUCUUGCUGGCAUGGACGUCUCCUCCAGUGGUUCGUGAUGUGAAACCAGAGGUGCAGAAGCACUUCCCACGGCCAAUCUCCCCUGGUGAUAUCUUAUGCCAGAUUGAUGGCAAGCAUGUCAGAGGCCUGAACCGAGAGCAAAUUCUGCGUCUUUUGCAGGACUUUAAGGGCAGCAUUGGCUUCAGAAAUGGCAGCGACAUGGACGAGGAUGUGCGCAAGUCAGCCCAAGAUGCCUUGCAACAUGGACCCCAAGAAGAUGCAGAAUCUGGCAAAGGCUGUGAUUGGAUCGGCGGCAUCUUGCUGGCAUGGACGUCUCCUCCAGUGGUUCGUGAUGUGAAACCAGAGGUGCAGAAGCACUUCCCACAGCCAAUCUCCCCUGGUGAUAUCUUACGCCAGAUUGAUGGCAAGCAUGUCAGAGGCCUGAACCGAGAGCAAAUUCUGCGUCUUUUGCAGGACUUUAAGGGCAGCAUUGGCUUCAGAAAUGGCAGCGACAUGGACGAGGAUGUGCGCAAGUCAGCCCAAGAUGCCUUGCAACAUGGACCCCAAGAAGAUGCAGAAUCUGACAAAGGCUGUGAUUGGAUCGGUGGCAUCUUGCUGGCAUGGACGUCUCCUCCAGUGGUUCGUGAUGUGAAACCAGAGGUGCAGAAGCACUUCCCACAGCCAAUCUCCCCUGGUGAUAUCUUACGCCAGAUUGAUGGCAAGCAUGUCAGAGGCCUGAACCGAGAGCAAAUUCUGCGUCUUUUGCAGGACUUUAAGGGCAGCAUUGGCUUCAGAAAUGGCAGCGACAUGGACGAGGAUGUGCGCAAGUCAGCCCAAGAUGCCUUGCAACAUGGACCCCAAGAAGAUGCAGAAUCUGACAAAGGCUGUGAUUGGAUCGGUGGCAUCUUGCUAGCAUGGACGUCUCCUCCGGUGGUUCGUGAUGUGAAACCAGAGGUGCAGAAGCACUUCCCACAGCCAAUCUCCCCUGGUGAUAUCUUAUGCCAGAUUGAUGGCAAGCAUGUCAGAGGCCUGAACCGAGAGCAAAUUCUGCGUCUUUUGCAGGACUUUAAGGGCAGCAUUGGCUUCAGAAAUGGCAGCGACAUGGACGAGGAUGUGCGCAAGUCAGCCCAAGAUGCCUUGCAACAUGGACCCCAAGAAGAUGCAGAAUCUGGCAAAGGCUGUGAUUGGAUCGGUGGCAUCUUGCUAGCAUGGACGUCUCCUCCGGUGGUUCGUGAUGUGAAACCAGAGGUGCAGAAGCACUUCCCACGGCCAAUCUCCCCUGGUGAUGUGCUGAACUCUGUGGAUGGAGAGCAGGUUGGCCACAAGUCUAGGGACGAAAUCCUUCGAGCUUUUGUCCACUUCGACGGUCAGCUGGGCUUUCGCUCGAAGCAUGCCACUGAGAUCGGUCUCACGGAUCUUCUCCGUCGCUUGGGGGAUCUGUGA